AUGCCGAUCAGAAGUCUUGAACUAAUUCAAAAUUCUUCUUUAAACAAUUGGAUUGCUAAAGCACAAGCUUAUGUUUUAAAAGAUUCAAUUAUUGCAAUAGAUGGAUUUUGGUUUUUGAGAAAAUACGUUCAACCCGGUGAUAUGACAGAUUUUUUUAUAAGCAAGUGUGACGAAAGGAUACUAGCUCCUUUUUUUAAGCUUAUAAAAAUGGCUAGUGUAUCUAAAUUUCAAAUUCUUUGGGUUUGGGAUGGUCUUAGUUUUAAGAAACCUAAAAGUGAUUUUGCUAGAGAUAAUAUAACAUUGCUCAAGCAAGGGUAUGAAGCACUAAAAAUUAACGAUACAAAAAAUCUUAACUUAACUUGGAAGUCGCUUAUUGAUUAUGAAUCUUAUGUUUUACAGAUAAACGAUUUAUUAAAACAGUUUGGACAUGAAGCUGUACGAGCACCAUACUUGGCUACAGCACAAAUAGCUUAUUUUUUACAAAAUAAAAUUUGUAAUUACGCUUUUUGUAAAACUGAUACACUUAUUUUUGAAGGUGUCGAAAAAAUAAUUAUAGAAUUACAUUUAGAGAACAUUAAUCAAUUUAUGUUUACUGUUUUUAAUAAGAAAUUUUUUAUGAAGCAUUUUGAGUUAAAUCAUCAAAGCUUUAAAAUUCUUGCUUUUGCACUGGGAUGUGAAUUUUGUCCCACUUUACCGGAAUAUGCAGAUAAAUUUCUUUUUGAAAAUGUUUUAGCUAAAGUUAAGAACAGUGAAAUGGAUGUUUAUUUAGAACAGCAAGCAAGGCAUCUAGAUGCAUAUAAGAAGUAUCAAGAUAUCUUUUAUGCCGCAUUUAUUCUUAUUGAUUUUCAUCCUGUGAUGAAAGAAGAAGGCAUUGUCAGUUUUUAUAAAGAUACAGAAGCUGUACCAAAUAAUUUUGAAGAUUAUUUUGGAAAAAAGUUACCCAGUCAAAUUUACAAAGCUCUUUUUUUCUGUAAACUUCCGGUAAAUGUUGUAGAUAUAAUUAGCAAAAAUAAGGAAAAGGAUGUCAUUUCUACUAUUUCUUAUAAUUUAUUAAAUUCUAGAUACAAAUUUGACAACAAUGUACAAGAUUUAAAAGGAUCUUUACUAGAUAUUUAUACUAAAGAUUGUAAACUUUUAGAUGAUUUUAGCACUGAUACACAAAUUUUAAUUUAUUAUUUGAUUUUAUUAAAAAUCAUAAAUAAACAAAGUGCAGAUAAAAUGAUUUGUUUGAUAAAUAUUAAGAAAAGAAUGUUUAAGAAUGAAGAAAUAUUAGAUUGUAUUCUUAAUUACGAUAUUUAUGAAUUUAUUUAUAAGAGUAAAAAAAUAUUACAGCGUCUUAAGGAUUUACAACGUUGUUACAAUUUUGUUUAUGAAGAAUAUAAGAAUGAAGAUUUAAAGUUUGAUAUGGAUAUUAACAUGUUUUUAUUGUUGUAUUACAUAAAGCAUAAACAUAAUUCAGAAGAUUUGUCUAUUAAUAUUAUUAAUGAUACUAUGAAAAAAAUCGAAAAUUUUUUAAAAAUAAAUAUAUCAGUUAACGAUGAAUUUAAAAUGGUAUAUGAUGAUAUAAAAAAAUUAUAA